UUGAAACCAUUACUUCUACCAUCGUUGCCUCCUUUUUUUCCUCGUAUUGUUAUCGUCGUCGUCAUCAUCUUUGAUAUCUCGGAUUAACAUGAAUGGUUUUUGUAAGAUCCACUUAACUUCUUACUGGAUCAACAUGUGUUUUGUAUCUCAAGAUUUGGUACUUUUUUUGGCAAUACUUCUUCUGCUGGUAUUGGGCACACCAUACUCAGGUGUUCUUGGGAAGAGUGAAAAUAAUAUAAAAACAGUUGUUUAUCUGUCUCCCAAGUUUGAACUAGGACCGGGAUCAGUUGCCAAAAAAUAUUAUUAUGAUAUUGAUUUUCCAAGAGGUCAUGUUGCACUCAAGAGUUUCAAUGCUGAAGUAGUUGAUGAAGCUGGCAACCCUAUACCUCUCCAUGAAACUUAUCUCCACCAUUGGGUUGUUGCAAGAUACCAUCAACCUAAGCAUGUGACACACACACAGUAUGAUGCCCACAGGUUGCUUCACCAGUCUGGUUAUAUAGUAAGAAACAGUGGCAUAUGCCAGGAAGAUGCUCUUGGACAGUAUUUUGGACUUGGAUCUGAAACACGAGGAACAGCUACAGAUAUUCCAGAUCCUUUUGGUAUAGAAAUAGGUAAUCCUGCAGAAAUUCCAGAAGGGUAUGAGGAGAAAUGGAUGGUGAGUAUCCAUGCCAUUGAUACACGUGGUGUAGAGGAUAAGAUGGGGUGCACUGAGUGCAAGUGUGACCUUUAUAAUGUGACUAAGGAUGAAUAUGGAAGGCCUUUGAGGUCAGAUUAUUUAGGAGGUUUGUAUUGUUGCUAUGAUUAUACUCAGUGCAGGUUGAGGGAACGCUUUGAGGGCCCAAGGAGAAGCCUCUACCUAAGAUACACAGUAAAAUGGGUUGAUUGGAAUGAUUUUAUAGUGCCUGUUAAGAUUUAUAUACUUGAUGUAACUGAUACUUUGCAAAUAUCAGAUAAUUCCAAAGGAAUGAGCCCAUAUCAUGAUUGCCUGAUUGAGUAUCAUGUUGAACCUUGCAGCAGAGGCAAUAAGGAUGGUAAUGGCUGUCAUCAUGUGAAGAGGACAAGUCUCCCAAUGCAAAGUGGUGGUUUUGUCAUCUAUGGUGUUGCUCAUCAGCAUUCAGGUGGAACUGGAUCAACUCUUUAUGGACAGGAUGGAAGAGUUAUAUGUUCUUCAUUACCAAGUUAUGGAAAUGGAAAGGAAGCAGGAAAUGAGGCAAACUACAUUGUAGGAAUGUCCACUUGUUAUCCUCAACCAGGUUCUGUCAAGAUAUUUGAUGGUGAAACUUUAACUCUAGAGUCUAACUACAGCAGCAGCAGAGGGCACACUGGAGUCAUGGGGCUUUUCUACCUAUUGGUGGCAGAACAGCUGCCACUCCAACUCUUCGGAGAUUCCUCUCGUUCUUCAUUAUUUAUGGAUAUAAAUAAUAUAUUUAACUGAUAGGUACAGGGGAAGGCUAGGGUGGGUGGCCGCUAUCCCAAAAAAUUUGAAAAAAAAUUAAUGGAGUUGAAGGCUAAACAAGAUACUGAUGUUACUGUUAAAUGUUCUUCUGGAAGUUCUGAUUUGAGAUUCAAGUUAAAAUCUACCUCUACCUCAUCUAAUGUGUGUGCUAUGUGUAACAUUUUCUGUAUUUUUUAUUUUAUUUUCAUAUGCUAUGUUUUGGUUAAUAAAAGUUUUGGCCUUUUUGCUAUC